AGGCGUAAAGUUCGUUCUCGAAGAUAGACCAGUGAGCAUUCGCUCGUGGAUCUUAUUCAUAAUACUAGAAACGAUUAAUGGUGGUAGUGCAAUUGAUGAAUACAUUCUACGUUCAAUUGCAUUCACACAUCUCCCUUCACAAGCUGAAUACCUCCACUACAAUCGUGCCCAAACCUUUGCUUUCCAGUCUCUCAUUUCCCAAGACCUUCCUUCCCCUCCUACCACCAUGUCGAGUCCUCAGAUUCAAGACCCAGAGAUCUUCUUUCGUGGCGGCAGCAACGUCCUAAAACCAAACCACAUAACGCGCUACCAGUAUCCCCACCCGCUAGACCACGGCAUCCCCGCUCUACGCCUCCAGCUGCCCGCAAACUCCGCGAAACGCUCUCGACCCCAAGGCCACGGCGACUUCGGGAUAGACGGCGCGACGUUCCUCACCAUCACGCGUUCGUACCGCGAGCCGCCGACGGAAGCGGAUUUUCGAUCAUGGUCUGACACGGAGACAAAAAGGGAUGCGAAGAGUAGGAAUCCGUUGGGUAGGGCAAUGACGAGAAUGACUAAGUAUGCGGGCAAUACACUGCUGAAGAGCGGGAAGUUUGCGAAGAGGGGCGGGUUGGUGUAUGUGGUUAAUAGGGUUACGUCGAUACCGUUGGCUGGAGAUGGGUUUGGGAAGGAGGAGGAUACAUACAACAUUCCUUGUGAUCAGUGGAGGGGGUUGAAGCCACUGAGCACUCCAGGGCAUGAUAGUUGGUGGCAGAGACUCCAUGUAAGAGAGAGUUGAGGAAGUUCUGAGAUGCGUUUUGGUAACGUUUGGCGAAUAGGAUUUGUAUCAGGGUGCUUAUGAUCGCUCGUUCUGGAGCGC